AUGACUGUUCUGGAUUGGACUUUGCUAAGGUCAAUUCGAUCUACGCUAAAUGUGGAGCAUGCUGAUGAGUCUGAACUUCAGAAAAUCGAAGAUGCGGCAGAUGAGUUUAAUAAGUUACAGGGGGCCGAUGAAGUGCAAGACGUGCACGAUCUACAAACACUCGUCGGUGUGGCGCAGAAAGUCAUCAAAAUUAAAACGAUGCAGGCUGAAGCGGCUAUCGAGGAGCUCGAGACUGUAGUUAAAUAUUCGGGAAUGGCUGACGAAAAUGAACGUUUGAAAAAGGAGAUUGCGCGGCUGAAAAGCGGUGAUUUACAGAAUGACGAAGUUGAGAGUCAGUUGAAAAAGUUAAAGAACGAGUUGGACGAUGUACAGAUAAUGCUGAAACGCGAAAAACAAACUUCGAUAAAGUUUGAAGCUCUUUAUGCUGAAGCUGAACGAGACCGUAAAUCGCUGCAGGCAGAAAUGCUUGCACUUCAAACUGAGCUAGACGAAAAGAUUAGGGUUGUUGAAAAACAAGAGGUACAUGCCACACGGCAAGUGAACGAAAAGCGGGUCAUCGCCAAGCUUAAGGAAAAGAACGAUCAAAUAACGAAGCUUAUGCUUGCUUUACAAGAGGAGGAAAGUGUUAAUGACGACUUGAAAAGUACCAUUGACCAGCUUAGCGCAAAGCUCCGCGAUGCGACUAUAGAAAUCAAUCAGUCAGCCGAUCUGAUUGAGGAUCUGAGAAAAACAAAUAGUGCGUUAAUACGUCAAGUCGAACAGAGUGGCCGAGAGAUCGCCACCUUAGAAGGACUUGUCGACGAAUAUAUGAACAAGAUUAACGAGCUCGAAGCUCUCCAGCCAGAAGACGUAGAUAGAUCAUCGAGGAGCAGCUCCGGUGAUCGACUCGAUACGUGGCGAAAGAUACUCGAAGCAAAAAAUGCUGAAAUUCACGACCUUCAAAUUCGGGUCGUCCGCCUGCAACAGGAAUUAGACUCUGUUCUGUCCUUGACAACUACGUCUACAUUAAAUGUGCUCAAAAAAGCGAUCUCUGAAAAGGAUCAGCAAAUUAAAAGUUUAGUUGACAAUUUAGGUCAAGCCACGUUGGACAUAGAAGACAAUACGCGUAUUAUUGAAACAUUAAAAGGCGAAUUGGUUUCUGAAGGCCAGAGCCACAAUGAUGAGAGGAAAGACAGGGAACGUUUACGAAUAGCAGAAGAUAUGAAUGCUGAUCUGGAAAAGCAACUACUUGAUCGAGAGGAACAACUUGCAGAAGCUCUACUAGUGGCCAGAAAAUACGAAAUGGGUGUAUAUGGUUUAUCCGAUGCCGUCACUGAGGUCCGAAUAUGUAAAAGAAAAAUCGCAUCCCGUGAUAAGAACAUCGCCAAAUUGCAGGACCAGCUAGCUGAAAGCUAUGUGGAAAUUGAGCGGCUUACCCGUGAUAAUGAACAGCUCUGCCAGGGACUCAUACCACCUUCGAAAAAAGCUACCCAAGUUCAACAAGGACAGGACAACAUCGAAGCUGAGAAAACCAUUUUAGCUUUAGAAGAUGAGAUCCUUGCCCUCAAACAAAGUUUGCGCGAUUUGCAGAGAAACCUCGUUGACAAUGUUCAUAAAAUCUCUUCAGACUGGAGUCAACCCUGGGAUAAAGGUACCCAGAUCUCCUCCCAUGAAAGUCUGGAUGAAAGGGAUCUCAGCCGUAGCCAGAUUUCCCAAAUACCUUCUAAACGUCAAGAUUCGCAGGAUAACGAUGUAGAAGGCAACGGCUUGAUUGGGUACAAUGAUGUACAAGGAGAGAAUCAAAAGCUAAAGGAAUUUUUAGUCCAAAUUCUUGAAGCCCUUCAGAAGCUCAAUAACCAGAGGGGAGCAAAGCAAAUGACAAAUUCUUCAAGCCCUUUAAUUGCUAAUAACAAGUCAGCCGAAGAUAAACAAGUUGCACCACCCACACCCAUUAAGCGAAAACUACCGAAAGAAAUGCCAAUCGAAAUGAAGCUUUUACGUGAGUUUGUAUCUGAAGUAUUGGAUGAAAAUCAAAAUCUCGCUAAUGACCUAGACGUCAUUCGGAUGUCGACAAAAGCAAACCGUGAAGAAGAGAAGUUAGUUGUAAAACUGUUUGAAUCAGCUCAGCAACAAGUUCUCAGGCAACGAUCCUUAAUCUCUGUAUAUUCGGGUGUACUUGCUGAGCAGCUGGCGUACGCAGAUUGCCUGCAGGAAGUCUAUCGCAGACAGUUACAAGCGCUUAGACAGGGCACACAGGACAGGAGUCUGAAGAUAAAUCUUUCAUAUAAAGUCAACUUCGAUUACACUGCUGAGCUGAAACAGCAGGUAUACCAACUAAACAAUGACAUUGUAGCGCUUAAGAAAACCUUACAGGACGAGCAAACGAUCGCAGCUCAGGCGGCAAUUGAUGAUCAGACCGAAAAUAUGUUCAUGCUUGAGAAGUUACGCAUGCAAAUCGAAGCAUUAAGUAAACAACAUCUCAAAGGUCAGAGGUUAUUAGCAGAACGCGAAAGUGAGUUAAUUCAGGUAAACGAAAAGUUGCGAAAGUCUCAAGUAACCUCUUACCCCACUCAAAUUGCGACAACAGCAUCGGAGGCCGACGCAGAAAGUUCAGUAACGACCGGAGCAAACUCAGACGAUGAUACGAUUCAAGAAGAAUCCCAAACCGAGUCGGAGCGCAGUGUCUCGCACAGCUUCUACCGUCGAAUGGACUCGUUGCGCGAGUACAACCGAAAGCUAUGCUCGGAACUUGCUGAUGCGAAAGAUAUCCUCAAAAGGACUCAGGACGCAUUAAAGAUCAAGGACAUAAUGCUCAAGGAGGUUAAUAGGCAGCAGGCUGCCUGUGGUAACCUUGAGCAGAAAAUGAAGGUCAUGGAAAUUUCACUUGACACUACAAAAAAGCUUCUUGGUCACAAGGAACAAACCCUGGAAAGAUAUCGUCAGCUAGUCACUGACCUUAAACAAGAGUUGGUGUCCGUUAAAGUCAAAUGUAACUCAGACCUCCAACAACUGGAGAAUACGCGUAUGAACGAAUUGUACCAAGCCAAAAAACAGAUUGCUGAAAUUACAAUGAAAACAUUUCAUCAUCAGCAGUUGGCUCUUGACAAUGACGCGGUCCCCGAUCAAGAGUCGUUUGAAAAGAUUCUUGCAGAGAAACAAGUUCAGAUUGUUCAACUACAAAACAAGUUAAAAUCCUUUAGCACCCUUGAGUUUGGACUGAAGAGUGAAUUAGAGCAAGUCAAGGACUCGAACCAGAAACUGCGCGAAAACAUCAUGGAAGCACAAGAGCGAUUACGAACUUUUGAAAGACUGAAACAGCCAGUAGCACCGGUGCCGCUGGAGGUAGUAGAAAUGAUUGUUGCAUCCGACCCUUUGUUUGGAACCGUAGAACACAGUGCAGAGCAAAAAGGUUCAGAACUAGAAAAGGAACUAUCUCAGCUAAAGGAGAAGCUCUCUACAGCAGAGAAUAAGAUAGCUCGCCUUAGGAGUGCGCUUGAUGACGCUAAAGGGAAAACAUCAACUUAUGAGGAAGAAAUAGAGCGACAAAACGCAAAAAUCGAGCAACUACGCAAGAUCCAGAGCCUGAAAAGGACCGACCCAAAACGAAUAAAGGUUCUAGAAGAUGAUAUUGAAAAUCUACGGCGUCAAUUAUACGAGGCUAAACAACAGCGUGCAGAGAAAUCUUAUGACGAGAUUGAGAAGCAGGCCAAACAAACCGUUGAGGUUGCUCGUUGGGAGGAAGCGAAAAAAUGGCAGAUGGUAAUAGAGGGACUCAAGGAACAACUUAAGGAAAAGGACGUUGCUAUCGAGCGGUUGGAAUCGGCACAAACAUUGCUUCGUGCACAGAUUGUUCGCCUAGAAAAAGAAAAAUACAAACUCCUCGAUCGAAUAAAAGCCAGUGCCACAGUUAGAAGUGAACACUUACAAACGAUUGGCGCGCUCUUGAAGAAGAUUCAGCAGCUGGAAAAGGCAGUCGUGCACCACCAGAAGCCCCUGAAAAAACACCGCUCGAAGGAGAAUCAAAUUGUUCCGAUUCUAGUGAACCCCCUGUCCCCUCGACGUCGCAGAGGAAAACGCAAAGUCAGUUUUGACGCUUCGGUUGUCGACAACGAGCCGUCAGUCAGUGAGCCCGAAGAGCCGGAUAAUAGUCGACUCGAAGACGAACCAAUGCCGUCCAAUCUUGAUUGCAUGUAGGGUCCGAGUUACGCUGCUAACAGUGCAAUGGCAUCAACUUUCUAACAACUAAGGUAACGUCUGCGGUAGGAAAUUGAACGGCCGUUGUGGCAAGGUGGUCAGAAUACUACAUGCAACGACUUGAGUUUCAGGUGAGACUCAAUGCCAUUUCAAAUAUAGCUAAAAUAGUAGAUAAUUAUCGCCCGUUAUGUGAAUAAAUCUUAGUUCCUAACCUUCCGCAGGCACUAUUACCCAUUUUGGCUUAUUGUCGUAAAGGUUGGCCAUACUGGAACGGGCAACUAAGUAAUAAUUAAGGAAAGUUCGUCCUAUACCGCUGGAAGCUAGGAAUUUGUCGAAGUGUAUACUAAUAUCCUAAGUAAUCGAUGCGGAAAUAUUGUCCGUCAAUAUUCUGAACGAAUACUAUCGAUCGAUGAUCAUCAUGGUACCUACCAAAGUGAUUUGAAGCUAAUAAGACAAUGUCAAUUCAUACGUAUACUCCUAUAAAUUUGAUGCAGAUGGCUAAUAUUAUUAACACUUGUAAUUUCCAAUUGGGUAAAAAUGAGCUUCCUUUUGUGAAUAUCUGCUGGCAUAUGUCCGAAUACUGCAGUAUAUGCAUAUAAUGCUGUCGAGGCCUACGCCCUAAGAAGCCAGAUGACUAUGAUUCGUAAUAUUCACAAGAUAGACUACUUCGAGGAACUUAUUAAGUUCGAAAGAUGCAGAGUCAUAGUAUCAAAUCUAGUAGUGUUAAAGUUUGCUGAAGCAAGAAACACACUAUUAUAUAAACUUAUGAAGCGCAUCUCAUCCGACUUCUUGAACCGAAUAGCUAGCUGCCCAUUGUAUAAAAGGGAUUAAUUGAGCAAAAGGAACUUUAUGUAUACGUGGCCUACUUGCCUCGAAGAUAUAGUUCUCUACAGUAGGAAACCAUCCUUUGAAAUGUAUUUUGCCUAACAAAAGGAUAAAGGAAGCACAAGUCAAUUUGUUUGCCUCGCUAGAAGCAAAAAUCGCUGGCGGACGCUACACAGGCUAUAUGAAUGACCGUAAAGCCUUCUGGUUGUGUAGAAUAGAAAAAAUAAUCGAAUUCCUCGUAACUGUACGCACACUUCUCGAGAUAGUUCUAUGUAUUUGAAGGGAAAAUAUUGACACAUUAACCCAUGUAUAUAUCCUUAUUAACCCUAAAGCUCAUCGUCACAUAAUUCGAAAGAAACGUAACACAUUUUGAUUAUAAAUUCGAUAUUUAUAAAUAGAUGCUGCUCAUCUAUAAAACUAUUCGUCACAAACUCGCAAACAUCCUCUACAAUGCAACAACAUGAACGGAAAAAAUAAGUAGGCGGAGAAAUGCUGCAAUACCGGAAAUAGGCCUC